AUGGUAGCUGAGAUGGGCGAUAAGGUAGGGCGUGUAGGAACCAAGACAAACAGUAGCAGUAAGAGUAAGAUCAACUCCAUUCUUACCAUCUUCCAGCACGCCGACGGUAAAGAUAAAUGGUUGAUGUUCCUAGGCUUCAUCGGUGCCGUCGGUGAUGGGUUCUCUAUGCCUGCCUUAUUCUACGUGAAUGGGACCGCCUUCAACAAUUUCGGUGGUACCCCUUCCACUAAUUCGCAAGACUAUGCUAGCAAAACCAACCAGAUGGCCUUGUAUUUACUGUACGUGGCUUGUGGAUCUUUGGUUGCUUCUUUCAUGGAGGGAUAUUGCUGGACAAGAACAGGGGAGAGACAAGCCACGAGGAUGAGAGAAAGGUAUCUAAAAGCUGUCUUAAGGCAAGACAUUGGUUACUUUGACCUACAAGUGUUCAGCUCCACCCAAGUGAUCACCAGUGUCUCCUAUGACACCCUACUCAUUCAAGACUUUAUCAGUGAGAAGUUGCCCAACUUCAUAAUGAACUUGAUGACCUUUGUUGGGAGCUACGUGAUGGCGUUUGUGUUGAUGUGGAGGCUAGCCCUGGUAGUCCUUCCAUUUAUAGUGCUUGCUAUAGCUCCAGGGUUGAUAUGUGGGAGGAUUCUCAUGGGUAUGGCAAAGAAGGUUGGGGAGGAGUAUGAUAAGGCCGGUAGAAUAGUGGAGCAGACUGUAUCGUCUAUUAGGAUGGUUUACUCUUUUGUUGGAGAAAGCAGGAUCAUGGCGGAGUUCUCGGCGGCACUGCAAGGGUGCGUAAGGCUUGGGUUGAAGGAGGGUUUGGUAAAGGGAAUGGCUAUUGGAAGCACUAACAUUGUCAUCUCUGUUUGGUCUUUCAUGUUUUGGUUUGGAAGCAAGUUAGUGAUGUACCAUGGUGGGCGAGGAGGAACCAUAUUCGCUGUUGGAACCUGCAUCACCUUUGGUGGCAUGUCAUUGGGAAGUGGGUUUAUGAACUUGAAGUACUUCUCUGAAGCUUGUGCGGCUGGAGAUCGUAUAAUGCAAAUAGUAACGAGGGUACCCAAAAUAGAUUCAGAAAACACUGAAGGCGAGACUCUACAAAGCAUUUCGGGAGAGAUUGAGUUUAAACACAUAGAAUUCGCAUACCCAUCCAGACCAGAGAAUGUAAUUCUCAGAGAUUUCUCUCUGAGAGUACCAGCAGGAAGUAAGGUUGCUUUAGUUGGAGGAAGUGGUUCUGGAAAGUCUACAAUUAUCUCUUUGUUGCAGAGAUUUUAUGACCCACUUGGUGGAGAGAUACUUCUUGAUGGGUUCAACAUUGUUAAGCUUCAGCUCAAAUGGCUUCGAGCUCAAAUGGGUUUAGUGAGCCAAGAACCAGCUUUAUUUAAUACCUCCAUUAAAGAAAACAUGCUCUUUGGCAAAGAGGGCGCCACCAUGGAUGAGGUAGUUGCAGCAGCAAAAUCUGCAAAUGCUCACAGCUUCAUUUCUCAACUACCACAGGGAUAUGAUACACAGGUUGGUGAAGGAGGCAUUCAAUUAUCAGGAGGACAGAAACAGAGGAUAGCAAUUGCAAGAGCGGUGAUUAGAGCCCCAAAGAUCCUUCUAUUAGAUGAGGCGACAAGUGCAUUAGACUCAGAAUCAGAGAGAAUUGUUCAAGAAGCACUUGACAAGGCUGUGGUGGGCCGAACAACGAUUGUUAUCGCACACCGUCUUUCGACAAUUCACAAUGCUGAGACGAUCGCUGUAGUACAGAAUGGGCACAUCAUGGAAUCAGGAUCACAUUUAGAGCUGAUUCAAUGUGAGAAUGGAUUGUACACUUCAUUAGUUAGACACCAACAACAAACAGAGGAGAAAACCAAAGAGGAGCAGAGCCCAUUGACAUUCCCAUCAUCAUUUCCCCCAUCAAAACCUGAUAAUGUCAAUGUCACAAAGUGCAAGCUCUCUUCAGAAAGAAGAUCCAACUCUGCAAACUCAACAGAAGCAUCACAUCAAGUAUCACAUAGGAGAGAAGGAAAUGACAUACAAGAAUUGCAUGUGCCCUCGUUUCGAAGAUUAUUGGUUCUUAAUCUUCCUGAGUGGAAACAAGCAAUCUUGGGAUGUGUAAGCGCAGCGUUGGUGGGGGCAGUGCAGCCCCUGCUCACAAUCAUAAUGGUUAGUAUGGUAUCUGUCUAUUUCUUGCCUACUCAUGAGGAGAUUAAGUCGAAGACAAGGAUGUACUCGUUCUUAUUCCUUGGCUUGACUCUAUUCUCAUUUGCCAUACACAUAUGCGAACACUACUACUUCGCUGUGAUGGGUGAAUCCCUAACAAGGAGGAUCAGAGAAAGAAUGUUGUCUAAAGUUCUUAGUUUUGAAGUGGGGUGGUUCGAUCAAGAUAGCAACUCUACAGGGGCAGUUUGUUCUAGACUUGCCAAGGAUGCCAAUAUGGUCAGAUCACUUGUUGGGGAUCGAAUGGCUCUUCUCAUACAAACCUUCUCAGCAGUAACCAUUGCAUGCACCAUUGGUACAGUCAUUGCCUGGAGGCUUGCGAUUGUAAUUAUGGCCAGUCAACCUCUUUUCAUCCUCUGCAACUACUUCCAACUGGUUUUGCUCAAGAAAAUGUCAAAUAAAGCUAUCAAGGCCCAAGCAGAAAGUAGCAAACUUGCAGCAGAUGCAGCCUCUAACAUCCGAACAGUCACUGUUUUCUCUUCCCAAGCUCGAGUACUUGACAUGCUAGCCAAAGCCCAAGAAGGUCCACGAAGAGAUGGUAUUUUCCAAGCAUGGCUUGCAGGCGUUGUCCUUGGCACCUGCCAAGGCCUCAUGUACUGCACUAGAGCCUUCCAGUAUUGGUAUGGUGGGAAGCUCAUCUCUGAGGGCCACAUUACAGGUAAGGCCUUCCUUGAAGCUUUCUUUACCUUAAUUAUCACCGGCCGUAUCAUCGUUGAUGCUGGCAUCAUGACCACUGACUUGGCUAGAGGUGGGGAUGCCAUUCGUUCUGUCUUUUCCAUACUUGAUCGGAACACUUGGAUUGAACCCGAUUUCCCGAAAGGCUACCAGCCUGAAAGGUUGAUCGGUCAGGUAGAGCUGCGAGACGUUCACUUUUCAUAUCCAGCAAGACCCAAUGUGGCCAUCUUCAGAGGGUUCUCGCUUAGCAUUGAAGCUAGAAGAUCAACGGCAUUGGUGGGCCAAAGUGGUUCAGGGAAGUCAACCAUCAUUGGCCUGAUAGAGAGAUUCUAUGAUGCAUCAAAAGGAACAGUAGAGAUUGAUGGAAUGGAUAUAAAGGUGUAUCAUCUCCGGUCACUGAGGAGACACAUUGGUCUGGUGAGCCAAGAACCAACAUUAUUUUCCGGGACAAUCAGAGAUAAUAUAGCCUACGGUGCGUUUGAUGGAUGUAAGGUUGAUGAGGUAGAAAUUAUAAAAGCAGCAAGGGCAGCGAACGCUCAUGAUUUCAUCACGGCACUCAACGAUGGAUACAAUACAUGGUGUGGAGAUAGAGGAGUGCAGUUAUCUGGAGGGCAGAAGCAGCGGAUUGCGAUAUCCCGAGCCAUACUAAAAAAUCCAGCAGUGCUGUUGUUGGAUGAAGCGACGAGCGCAUUAGACAGCGUGUCAGAGAAGGUUGUGCAGGAAGCAUUAGAGCGAGUGAUGGUGGGGAGGACGAGCAUUGUGGUGGCACAUCGGUUGAGUACCAUACAGAACUGCGAUGAGAUUGUGGUUUUGGAAGGAGGGAAGGUGGUAGAGAAAGGGACCCACUCAGCUCUUUUGGCUGAGGGACCCACUGGUGUUUACUGCUCCCUUGUUAAGCUCCAAAAGACUCCCAGUGCACACUGAGGAGAGAGUGUGGAGUGUUAAAGCCCCUCCUAUCAGGAGUGCUUGGCCUGGUUCUGACCUCCACCCCUCUUGGAAGGGAGAAUGGCUCAUAGAUAAUAAGAACAGAGAUGGAGUUCAAAAGCUUAAUCUAUGGAUCAAGGCACUGUCAUGGCGCCAUCACUACCACGCUUGCAUGCAGCAAGUACCCAUGAAUCAUAAAGGCUGCGCGAUGCCAAACUAGCUUGCUCUAAAUACAGUUUUUCUAAAUUUGUUCUGAGAAAUAGCAAAACACAGCGAACUAAACUAAGCGAAUCUUUGCCAUAAUAAUGGAUUUCAAACCUUUCACUAGAUAUGUGAAUUGAAAAGAAGAUAAAAUAACCCAUAAAUUACACUUACACUAACAAAAUGUAGCCAAGAUUGUAGGAGAAGCACAAGGUAUUGCAUGCAAAUAUAUUCUGGCAACAUUCAAACUACAGAACUGAAACCAUAACAACAAAAAUAA